AUGGUUGCUAACUAUGGGAAGGGUGGGCAUGGUAGAAUAUGGUUAAUUUGGAAGCCUGGUGUUUUUUGUGUUGAUGUGAUUAGUGUAGAGAUGCAGGAUAGAAUUGGGGCUCCUGUUACCUUAACUGAGAUUGAGAACUUCGGGAACUGUGUUAGGCACUCAAACUUGAGUGAAAUCAAAACUGAUGGGCUGUUUUUUACAUGGAAUAAUAAGCAGAGAGGUGUUGGUAGAGUUUGUUCAAGGAUAGAUAGAGUUUUUGGAAAUGGUGCUUGGCUUGACACUUUUCAACAUACAAAUGCUAUCUUCCUCCCUGAAGGUCUCAUGGACCACUGCCCCUGUGUAAUUAAUGUGUUGGGGAGUGUGGGGAAUACUAAGAAACCUUUCAAAUUUUUCAAUAUAUGGACUGAGCACCCUGGUUUCUUUAGAAUUAUUGAAGAUAAUUGGACUUGCUCUAUUCAAGGCACUCCUGUGUUCAUUGUUGUAAAGAAACUUAGGUUGAUAAAAGAGGCUUUGAAGGGUUUUAAUAAGCAGCAUUUCUCUUCUGUGUUGACUGAUGAUGCCUGUUUGGAGGAGGAUAUGUUGAAGGUGAAGGGUAAUUUAAAUAGUGAUCCUACAGAUGAAUCUUUAAUGGAACAAGAACAUGAGAUCAGAAGUUGGUAUGUGAUUGCUCAUGCAAGGAAACUGCAGUUUCUGAGGCAGAAAGCAAAGCUGCACUGGCUGAAAGAUGGGGAUGUGAACUCUAGCUUCUUUCAUGCCUGUUUGAGGAAAAGAAGGGUAAAGAAUAGUGUUUGA